CCCUCAAAGAAAAAAAAACACCAUCAUCAAUUGUGCGCGCCUAGCGGAAAAACGUGUUUUGCUGUCACACGAACCACGCUGGUGUCAUCCUGGAAUAUCCCGUCAUGGGGCGGACUGGCAACUACGACGACGACGCCGACGCGCGGGCGGCGAAGCGGAGGAAGGUCCGGAAGGGGACCCGCAGCUGCUGGGAAUGCCGCAGGCGCAAGAUCCGCUGUACCUACAACGGUGGCGAUGGUUCCCUCUGCGAUGGCUGCCGCGCCCGCAACACCAGCUGUGUGAGCCAGCAGUUUGACGAGGCCGGCUCUCCGGAGUCGGCCGACUCGCCCCUCGCGCAGCGGCUCAGCCGCGUCGAGGACCUGCUUGAGCGGCUUGCCGACCAGGUCUUGGCUGGAGGAAGCGUAGGCGGCGGAGGCGGCCGGAAGCGUGGUGUUGUUGUUAGUGGCGGUGGUGGUGGUGGUCGCGAUGAUGGUGGUGCUGGUAGCGGUCGCAGCACGGCCACCUCGGCCGCCUCGUCGCCCUCGACGGCUGGCCCAAGGGAACCCUCGGUAGAGGCACAAGAGCUGACCUGCACCUCGCUCCUGCACGGCCUGACCCAGAGCGCAGACGAUGCAGUGGCCUCGGUACCCCAGAUACAUUCGGCGGGGGACGGAUCCGGGCCCUCCAAGUAUCGUGACAUCUCCAAGCGGCUUGCCAGCGUGUACCCGCCAGCUGCUGAAUUAGAGUCAGUCAUGAAGGCUCACGGCGGGUCACCGGCCAUAUAUCGCUUCUUCGUUCCCUACGACGGCCGAGAGGAUCAAAGCCUCGAGUCGUUGUUCAAGCCCUCCAAUAUUCUCGGCCCGAGCAGCCACCCGGUCUUACUGGCAAGGCAACUUGCGCAGUUGGCCCAAUUAUACCAGCAGGCAAUGGUGAACCGCCAUGAUGCUCUGCCCAAAGACCAUGCUCUGGCAGCACAUGCAGCCGAGAUGGUGGGUGCUGUGACGCAGCUCGUCACUUCCAACGACGACCUCGUGGGCUCACUCGAGGGUCUAGAGACAAUCUGCCUCAUUGCUCUCUAUCACACAAACUUCGGCAAUCUGCGGAAAGGCUGGCUCGGCUUCCGUAGAGCCAUUACCAUAGCGCAGCUAAUGGGCCUCGAUCGGCCCAGGGACACACCAAUCUACUGCAUCGACAGCAAUAUGGAUCCGUCCGAUAUACCCACGGCUCAAGACACAUGGUUCCAGCUCAACUUCUCCGACAGAUACAACUCGUUAUUGCUAGGGAUGCCUUCUGCAAACGACGAUUCGUGGUUCUCAGGAUCGAUGUCUGGCGACAGCUCAUCUCCAACAGCACAUCUUGAGAGGGUGCAGUGUGUGGUGUCAGGCAAGAUCACCAAGCGCAACCACAACAGGACCAUCAUGACGGCAGAAGAGAUCCGAGCAAUCGAGGCCGACCUUGACGAGGCAGCACGGGGGAUGGGCGUCGAUUGGUGGCGCCAACACGACCGGGCUCCCCCGUCGACCGAUCCGUUCGAACAGAUGAACGUCGUUCGCCAAGGCAUGAUGCAGGUGAAUCAUCACCACUUGCUGAUCCUCCUCCACCUGCCGUACAUGAUCAAGAACGUCAAGGAGGGGCAACACGAGCACAGCAAGGCAGUCUGCUUGAGAUCCUGCCGGGAACUGCUCUCACUGUUCAAGCUGUUCCGUGUAGAGUAUGAGGGCGCCGCAAUCUGCAGACAUACCGACUACACGGCACUGACAGCGUCUCUGACCCUCUUGCUGGGUUACCUCGACCCCAGAAUGAGAUCGAAUGACUGGAGCAUUUCGAAGACCCGCGAUGCGGACAGACAGCUGAUCCGCGACAUUAGAGCCGUCUUCUUCCGAAUGGCAGAACACCGAGGCGACAAGCUGGCGCUCGAGGCCUACAAGGUGAUUGGCCGCCUUGUGCCGCUGGCUGAGAUAGACCAGGCCGGCACGGCAGAGUCAGACAUGGAGCCGGUCACCCUCGACAUCCCAUAUCUCGGCACGAUCAACAUCAAACCGGUGCUCCGGCCAUCGGGGAACCAGCAACCUAGUAGCCGUGGCAAUAAGAAUCGGCUGGUCCCAGUGACACCAGCACCAGCAGCACCUCUUCAGUUAUGCACACCGCCACAAACAGAACUGGUGCAUCAGCAGAUCCCCCAGGCGAGCUCGUGCGCUGGCUCGGUCGUCGACGAAGCGAGCGCCGCCUCCUCCUCCACGUGGAACUUCCUCACCCCGUCGGAAGCACCGAGCGACGACCCCAUGCUGCAGUUCAUUGCGGACGGAGGCUACGAUGCGCUGCCAGACUUCUCGGCCGAGAUGGAGCAGUGGACGUUCCAGGGUGUCGACGCAGCGUUCUUCGAGAACUUUAUGGGCGGCCUGCAGCAGCCCCCCGGGCACCAGGGACCGAUACCGGGAUACGCUACUCUGGCGGGAUAGUCUGACUGAAUGGGAAAUGUCUAUACUUUGGAGUACGAAACUUGUUCACAGCCUGUAAUAGUAAGAUACAUGAGCAGAUACAAGCUGUCUCCCCGCUCCGGCAUCUUUAAGAGAUUUUUGUUUUGU